AUGUCGGCAUCGUCUGUACCAGGUAAAGGCCGGACAUUGCAGCGGAGUUAUUUUUGCGCGCUGGGACGUGAGCGCUCGCAUCACGAUCAACCAGCCGCUACGGCAGAGUUAUCUUUGCGCGCUGGGAACGUGAGCGCUCGCAUCACGUUCCGUCGGACGCUGCGGCAGCGGAGAGUGUUUGAGAAAGUGGAGAAAGCCGAAGAGGACCAGCGCCCCAGCUGUUGCAGAGAGGUGUGGGGGAGCCCCAGCGAGGCCGCGCGCGUGGCAGCGCCUAUCCUGAAGGAGUGGGCUGUGUAG